UUGUCUCGCGCAUGCGUACGCCGUUUGUUGAUGACAGCUAGCUUUUUAACGCCGAGCAACUCGGUCAAUUUCCAUCUAACUUUGAACUAACUUUCUGAUUUUUAAGCUAGUUUGCUGUUCGCAAACCUUUACUAACUUCCUUAUUCCACCAUGCUACAGUUUUUGGCUGGCUUCACGUUGGGGAACGUUGUGGGGAUGUACCUCGCUCAAAACUACGAGGUUCCCAACAUUGCCAAGAAGUUCGAAGCUUUUAAGAAAGACGUGGAGGCCAAGAAGAAGCCCCCAGAGUGAAUGAAGCUGUACCAAACAAGACAAGACUUCCUCUGCAGAGAAACUAUUUAUUUUACAGGGUCAUAAUAUAAUGUGUGCACAUUUGAUAAAAUAAUUGAUUACGUAAAAUAUGUACAAAAAUAUAAACAGUGCCUGGAACAUCAUUUGUUUCUUCGCUUAGUUUUAUAGGCAUAUUCUCAUUGUAGCCUAUUUUUUUAUAAGACAAACUGGGCAAAAACUGGAUUUAAAGAAUAUUACAACUCCCUGGUGGGAUCACUUUAAAUCCAGAUUCGUGACACUGGUUACUGGCCUUUUCUAAGUUGCACUGUGGUGUUUUAACUUGCACAUGCCAUUUGUUUUCUCCACACUUGAUGUGUAUAGUGUUCUCUGAAGUGAAUAUUAAUACAGCUUGCUGUUAUAUUGUAUUCCAAAGUUUUUCCUAUACAAGCUUCUAGCUUGUCAAUAACAACUGCCAAACUUUGUAGCACUUCACUACAAAUACAAUUUUGAGUCAUUUAGCUUACAAUAAAGUUGCAGAACAUGAA